AUGUGUGACAACAUUUUGGAAGACAUUUUCAUUAAGCGCUCGCAGCAGAGGAGGAAAACGUCGCCGUUGAACUAUAAAGAGAGAUGGUUCAUCCUCACACGGGACAAACUCUCCUACUACGACUACGAUGCUGACAAAGGGAAGCGAAAAGGCCUGAGGGGCUCAGUGGACCUGGAGAAGAUCAAGUGUGUCGAAACGGUGCAGACGGAGCACAACAGCCCGCAGGAGCGCAUGUAUGCAUUCCAGGUCAUUUACGAUGAGGGGCCGCUGUACAUCUUCGCAAAGACAGAGGAAGUUCGAGCUCAGUGGAUAAAGAAGCUGAAAGAACUGGUGCAAACCAACAAGGACUUGAUGCAAAAGUACCACCCGUGCUUCUGGAUCGACGGCAUGUGGCUCUGCUGCCAGCAGGAAGUCAAGCAGGCGAUGGGCUGUAAGGUUCUGGAUAGCAAGAACGGCUUGAUGUCUCGGAGGGGAACCCGCAAACCUCUGCCCCCGACUCCUUCAGAGGACAAGCCCGGCCGACGACUUCCUCCGCAGCUUCCCGAGGCCAACGAGCCCUGCGCGGGGAUGAGCGUCGUAGCUCAAUACAACCAUCCGGCCAUGAUGUCUCACGACCUCGAGCUGAAGAAGGACGAGGAGUACACCAUCUUGGACAAGUCCGACCCCAACUGGUGGAGAGCCAGAGACAAAUACGGAAAUGAGGGUUACAUACCCAGCAACUAUGUGGUGGAAGUUGGACACGGCUUAGACCGAUAUGAUUGGUAUUGCAAGAAUACAAACCGUAGCCAGGCAGAGAAGCUCCUGAAGACUGAGAACAAAGAUGGAGGCUUCCUGGUGCGAGACUCCAGCAAGCCAGGGAAGUACACCGUGUCUCUGUUCAGUAAAGGCGGCGGAGAGGCCGGUGGCAUCUGCAAACAUUACAACAUCUGCACCACCCCGCAGGGACAGUUCUACUUGGCCGAGAAGCACAACUUCAACAACAUCCCGGAGCUCAUCAACUACCAUCAGCACAAUGCCGCAGGCAUGUUUAGCAGACUGAAAUAUAUUGUUUCCGAUCGAGCACAGCCUCCAUCCACAGCAGGUCUUGGCUAUGGCAUGUGGGAGAUCGACCCCUCCUGUCUGACUUUCAUUCGGGUCCUGGGUACGGGUCAGUUUGGCGUGGUGCAGCACGGAAAAUGGAAGGGCCAGCACGACGUGGCUAUCAAGAUGAUUAAAGCCGGGGCCAUGUCGGAGGAUGACUUCAUAGAGGAAGCCAAGAUCAUGAUGAUGCUCCACCACGAGAACCUGGUGCAGCUGUAUGGCGUGUGCACCAAGCAGAGCAGCAUCUAUAUUGUGACUGAGUUCCUCUCCAAUGGCUGCCUGCUCACCUACCUCAGGGAGGGCCUCAGGCAGCACCCCACCUCCGUACAGCUACUGGAGAUGUGCAAAGACGUCUCCGAGGGAAUGGCCUACCUGGAGUCCAAGCAGUUCAUCCACAGGGAUCUGGCAGCCAGGAACUGCUUGGUUGACGGCAACGGAACGGUCAAAGUGGCAGACUUUGGUUUGUCAAGGUACGUCCUAGACGACGAGUACACAAGCUCUGCAGGUUCCAAGUUCCCCGUCCGCUGGUCGCCUCCUGAAGUUCUCCUCUAUUGCAGAUUCAGCAGCAAGUCGGACAUUUGGGCUUACGGGGUGCUGAUGUGGGAGGUGUACACUUUGGGGAGGCUCCCAUACGACCGUCUGAACAACAAUGAAAUCGUGUCUCAAGUGUCUGGAGGCCUACGACUGUACCGUCCUCAGCUGGCGUGUGAGAAGAUCUACAACGUCAUGUCGUCUUGCUGGCUCGAUAAGGCAGAUGAGAGACCCACCUUCCAGGAACUGGUGUUCACUGUUCAGGAUUUGCUGUAUGAACUACAGUAGAUUACAACUGCAGCAACCUGGAAAAUGAACGCAAACUUUUGAAAUGUUUAAACAUAAUGUAAGUUACCGGUUUGGAAUAGCUAAUUUAACAGUGAUAUCCUUCUUUGACGACCUUUGUUGAACACACAAACAUAUUGUAAUGCCCUUCAGUGUCAUCAAGGAUGCACACAGCCGCUGAUGCAAUCUGCUCGCACUUUUUAAUGAACCAAAAAAACGUCAACAGAACUGUGAGAGGUGGUGAUGGCCGCAACGCACGCCCACACGCUCCACACUCAGACUGCCUGUCAGAGCCAAUCUUCCCCUCCUGGCUCAUCCCCUCUCAAGUGGCCCCACCCUCACACUCACAAAUAACAAUGAACAGCUAUUUCAACAUGAACGUUGAAGUGGAACCGUGUUUUUUUGAAUGCAUAAUUAAUUGCAAAAUAAAAGCUGUGUGGGACUUUUGAAUAAAUGGCGUUGAAUAUU